AUGGAAGCAUCAAAGGCUGCUGCAAACAAACCAACACCCUUCACAGGGCCUGCUGAUAUGGAGGUUGAAUCUUUUUACACCCUUCAUUUGCUUAUUGAUCUAGUCUGCAAGAUCGGGAAACCGGCAGCUUUGACAAUUAAGAGAUCUAAGGCGAUUGGCAAUCUCAAAGCAUUUCUUGAAGAAAAAGACAGCAUUUCUGCAACUUUCCAGGAGUUAGUCUUCACUGAUGAAAAGCUCCACGAUGACCAAUCGCUACUUGAUUAUGGUAUUGAGCAAAACUCCACCAUCGAGCUUGUUCUUCCGGAUGUUUUUAUGAUAAAAAUAUUUGUCAAGAUACCUUCACUUGAGAAAACCAUUGCUUUGGAGGCAAGGCCGGAAGAUACUGUCAAAUAUGUGAAAUCCAAAAUUCAAGCAAUGGAGGGUUUCCAACUUGACGAAAUCGUUCUUGUUCGAUAUGGAAAAGUGCUCCAAGAUGACAAGACUUUGGCAUCCUACGACUUGGAAAUUGAGUCCACAUUUUUUUUAUUCAUUUGCCCAAAAGAUGUGCUGUCAUUUUUUGUGAGAGUACCGAACAAGGAGAUGGUGGAACUCAAAGUUAAGACUCUGACUACUAUUCGCGAUGUCAAAGAAAUUAUCGGGGGAGUGGUUGAUGUCUCAGUCAUGGAUCAGGAUUUGUGCUUUUGGGGAAAAGAAUUGGAGGAUUGCAAGACCUUGGCUUAUUACAAACUCUAUGAGAAGUCAAUCUUGGAAAUCCGUCCUCCUUCAUUUCAGAUAUUCGUCAAACCUUGGAGUGGAAAUACCAUAAUCAUUGAUGUUUGGCCAUUUAAUACCAUUGGAGAUGUGAAGGGGAUGAUUUUCGAAAGGCUGAAAAUCCCAGUUGAGUAUCAGAGUGUUGUGUUUGCUGGAAAACGACUUGAGAAUGAUCGAGAUUUGGCAAGUUACAGUGUCGAGAAGCAUUCGACUCUCAGCGUGGUUUUAACAUCCUCAACAGAGAUGUAUGAGUUAAGUCUGAGACGCAUUGGAGCCAAACCAACUGAUAGCAUUCACACUUUGAAACGCAAAAUCAGAAAGAGAAAUCAUACUGGAGUGAGGACAGUGGUUUACAAAGACUUGGCAUUGGACGACGACCGCACUCUUUCAUCUUAUGGAAUCACCAUGAAUGAUAACGUGACAGCGGUGCUUUAA